ACAUCAUUAAUUGAUGUGUUCAAAUUCAGUAAAUAUGAAUGAUCAACUGACAAAAGCUCAUUCAUUAUCAAAUGUGAAAUCAGUCAGUUCUUCUAUAGGGUUCAGAAACCUUCACUGCGUGUCAGCCUGUUGCAGACUUUUGUCAACAGCUGCCUUCGCUAGCUCCAUACUGAAGAUCAAAUGGCUGGCACGAAGAAACUCUGACGAAACAACGAACCGAGAGCCGACUGCUCAACAAAUAUCUAUUAGAAAAUGGAGAUGGAUCAGGCACACGCUAGGGAGACCGUCGAAUGACAUGGUGCGCAAUGUAAGCCAUCACUCGAGUGGAAUCCCAAUAGAAAGCGGCGAAUGGGUCAUCAUAAGGUAAUACGCAGGAGAUCGUGCUAGGAGG